AUGAUUGGCUUGGAUCAACCUUUUCCCCGGCCGAAGAGCGGAGUCGCCGAUCUCGCGCAAAAUGAAACGAUGGAACUUCCGGCCGCUGGAGCUCAUGGAGAUGUAGCAGACACGGAUUUUGUGCCCCUGGACGAAAAGGUCUCCCAGCGCGAUUUUUUCAUCGGUUUGAGUUUGGCUGUCAGCAGCAGCAUUUUCAUCGGAACAAGUUUCAUUCUCAAGAAAAAGGGGCUCCUUAGACUCGAAGCUAGGGGUGCUGCUCGCGCUGGUGCUGGUGGACAUGCGUAUCUCUUCGAGCCCGUCUGGUGGGCUGGAAUCAUCACAAUGGGAAUCGGCGAAGCUGCAAACUUCCUCGCUUAUGGCUUCGCUCCUGCUACACUAGUAACACCUCUUGGUGCUUUGUCCGUCCUAGUGACCGCUGUUUUGAGCGCAAAGUUCUUGAAUGAAAGGGCCGGAUUGACAGACGAACUGAAAACUUUUGAGCUACAGCCGGAGAAAGAUUGCCCGAUUAAAUUCAAAACCCACCUGGGCUUGGCAACCAAGUUGUCGAGCCCAGGAAGUACGAUAAUGGUGAUCCACGCGCCAAAAGACGAAUCCGUCAACGAUCUCAAAGAGCUCGGGAUGAUGAUGAUGGAGCCAGGCUUUUUGCUUUACGCUGGAGUUGCUCUGGCGGUCAGCAUGGUGUUAAUUUUCAAAGUGGCGCCGAAGCACGGAACGACGAAUAUUCUCAUUUACAUCAUCAUCUGCUCCUUGCUUGGCUCCUUCUCCGUCGCCUGCGUUAAGGGCGUCUCGCUCGUUGGGAAAGAGUUCUUCGACGCUGACUCGCCCAAUCCGUUCACCGAGCCACUGACGUAUUUUUGA